AUGCCUUAAAGAUACCCAAUAUUUGAUGGAGACAAAAAGCUACAAGGAUUUACGUUUAAGUAGCACAUCGAAUUGCUACCUCACCCAAGAUGGAGAGACAGAUACAAGUUUAUUCAAAGUCUUAAUGAUUAUAUCAAGCAAAGAUAUGAAAAUGAUCAUGACCAUUUCAGAUGCUUCAAUAUCAACUAUGUUUUAUCCCAUCUCCCACUUGAUAAAAGAAAACAAACUGCGUUUUAUAGUGAGUAAGCUAUAUUCGAUUUGAAAUACGAUAAAACUUUUAAUGAAAUGAUAUAUCAUCCCAAGAAGUUCUAACCUCAACUACUUCAUGAAAAAUUUGCUAAGAAAUACAAGAAAUAAGCUGAUGGUACGUACUUUUACGAGAAAGAAUUCGAAAUGAUAGAGGAUAAAUUCCAAAAAGCCGACAGCUUUCUGGUUGAAACUGUUUCUGACGAAAAAGGAGCUGAAUAACUUUUAAGACUCAUUAAGUCAAUACCUUAGCUUAAAUUCAAACUUACAAUAGAGUAAGAGAAAAUGAUAAGCACUCCUAAUAAUUUACUAUGUCUUGGGAGAUCUGGAACUGGUAAAACAACAUCUUCAGCUCUGAGACUUUUCUCAACUGAUGUAUUCUUUAAGUACAUGGACAAUCUUAGAAAAUUUAAGGCAGAUAAUCCUGAUAAGCUUAACCAGCACUUUUAAGUAGAUCCUUACUUCCUCAACAAACCUACUUCGUUAAAGCUGGUAUUUGUGACUUUUUCUCCAGUCUUGACAAAUGAAGUAAAGAAAUUUUAUGAAGAUACCAAGCAGCAUUUCAUUCAGCAGUUAAUCAUCAGAAGGGAAAAGCUUCUUAAAAAAGAAAUGAUGAUGCAGGAGGAAAGAAAGGAUUAUGAAGUUAUUGAUGAUUAUAGUGAAAAUGAAGAGGAGGAAAUCCUCGGAGGAGACUCUACUCAGGCUGACUAAAAUGAUCUUCAUACCUACUUGAAAUUAGAGUAAGACAUUUUUCAAGAUGAAGACUAACUUGAGAAACAAUUAAAGCUGCCCUCUUCUAUGGAUAGUCUUAGUGCAGACCAUUUCCCUCUAUUUGCUACUGUCAGAAGAUUAAUUUAUAUGAUUGAUGCAAGCUUGCAGAGCUCCUUUUUUUCUCGAAAUAGUGAGGGUGGAAUUGUAGGAAUGGACUCAGGAGUUGAAUGGCACAAUGAGAAUAGAGGAGUCUUUAUGAUAAACUAGUAUUUCAAAUCUCAACAUAGUUAUGAUGAAAAGAUCAAGAAGCUUGGUGCUAAACUUAUGAAGUUAGAUGAGGAACUUGAGAUUGAUGAUCUUGUAGAUAUUGAUGACCAUCAAUUGGACGAUUAUUAUGAUCAACAAAAUGUAAAAGCCCAAGAAAAUAUGGCUUCUUUUAAUGUCUCAGGGGGUUUGGCUAACUAAAUCGGUAAUAAUGAUGGUUAUAUGGCUUAAUGUAAUCUUACUGGAAGAACUUUGAGUUUUGAAGUUGACUUUGAAACAUUUAAAAACAGAUUUUGGCCUAAGGUCGCCAACUGGACUAAACUUACACCCUUGGUUGUGUGGACUGAAAUUUUUUCAGUCAUCAAAGGAGGAGCAUAAAGCCAUUGCUUUGAGAAUCAAGUAUAUCCUUUUAUACUCUAUAUUGGUGACGGGGCUAGAUCCACAAGAAAAUUAGAUGCAGCAAAGUUCCUAACAUUACAAGAAAAGGUGAUGAUCUACUAGAUCUUUAUGCAUUAUGAAAAGUGGAAGGAUAGUAUGAUGGCUUAUGAUUUUAAUGAUGUCGUUAAUCAUAUCAUAGUCUAAACUAAAUAAGGCCUUAGGCCUUAAUAGCAGAUUCACUUCCUUAUGGUUGAUGAAGUCUAGGAUUUAACACCAAAUAUCUUAUUUCUUUUAACAAGCAUUACUGAAAAGAACAUAUUCUUUUGUGGAGAUACCGCCUAGACAAUAGCAAAAGGAGUGGGUUUUAGAUUUUACAAUCUCAAAACAGUAUUUUAAAGUACUCAAUAUUUCAGUGCGCCAUCAGUUCUCUAGUUAGUAAAAAAUUUCAGAUCUCACAGUAGGAUUCUUGAUUUGGCUAAUUCUGUUGUUUCACUGAUAGAACUGAUAUUCCCAAAGACCAUUGAUAAGCUAAUGAAAGAAUCUUCAGAUAUGGAUGGACCUAAACCAAUUUUCAUUGAUCCUGCUCAAUCUGAUGAAUAACUUGAAAGUUUACUUUUUUCAAAAUCAUUUGCUAGCUAAUCUUCUGAAUCCGUGGGCAAUGGACCUUAGUUUGGAUGUAAUCAAGUAAUAAUUGUUAGAGAUUAAGAAAGCAAGCAUAAUUUACCUGAAUUCUUAAAAUCUAUGCUAUGUUUAACUGUGUAUGAGGCUAAAGGACUGGAGUUUGAUGAUGUAAUCUUAUUUAAUUUCUUUGAAGACAGCAAAUGUGGAAAUUAAUGGAUAUUGAUGAAGGAUAUUGACUAUUCAUAAAGAGUAAUUAAAAAGCUAUUUAAAGAUUUUGAUUUCCUCAACUUUGACAAAUUAGAUAUUGAAGAGAAAGAGGCAUUAGAAGAUACUAAUUUUGAUCCAGAGGAGAGAAACAAGAUCAAGACAUUCAUUAUUAAUGAUGACGAAGAAAUAGAAACUGAACUUAUUUUAAAAAGAGAAAGGGGUCAAGUUUACAGAUAGUAUGCUCAGUUAUGUACAGAACUUAAAUUCUUAUAUGUAGCAAUUACCAGACCUAAAAAAGUACUUAUCAUCUACGACUCUGACAAUUCAUUGAGAAAACCCCUUCAGGAUUUUUGGGCCAGAUAAGGUUUGAUAAGUGUUGUUAACAAGGAGAUGCUUUUUAAUCAUUCAAUAAUUCCUUAGGAAGUUUAGUAAACACUUAGAUCUGGAAUUUCAAGCAAGAAAGCUACUGAAGAUGAAUGGAAAAUUCAGGGUAUUUUGCUAUUCAAGAAAAAGUUCUAUCAUUCUGCUAUAUAAUGCUUCAAAAACGCUAACGAUAAGGACCUUGAGAUAAGAUGUAUAGCUUAUUAGCAUGCAGAUAAAGCACAAGCACUAUUAGGGGAGGUAGAGUCUAAGCAAGUUCAAUCAAGAAAUAAAAUCUAUAAGAAAAGUGAGAGAAAUCAAAUGAAAAGAGAGAUAAAGGAUAUGAAAAAUGAUGCUAAUAAAGAAUUAGAAUUAGCUGGUUCUUAUUUCGAAUAAAUCGGAAUGCAUCGACAUGCAGCUUAAUGUUUUUGUUCUGCUUAAAAGUUAGAUAGAGCUGCAGCAAUGUUUGAAAGCCUAGUCAAUUAUGGGUAGUCAGCUGAAUGCUACUUAAAAACUGGGAACUACAGAAAAGCAGCAGAUUUUUAUGCUAAAGCAGGAUUAUUUGCUAAUGCUUUCGAAUGUUAUGAAAGAUUGUAAGAUUGGGAAGGUCUCUUGUUAUGUCUAAGCUAAAAUAAAUUAUUCUUCAAAAAAGAAGAAAGAGAAUCUCUAAUUGAAAAAUAUUUCCCGAUUGCACUCAACUAGUUGUAUCACAUUUAUUCCUAAUUAGAUCCAUCAUUGUAAGGUAUAGGAAUGGAUGAAGAAAAUAAGGGAAAGCUUUAAGAAAUGAGAAUCAAAUUAAAGUUUAUGAAGAGCAUCAGCAUCAUUCGAGAAGAUCAAUAAGAAUAUGAAGAAAGUGAUUCAGAGGAGGAAGAAAAAGGAAUAGAAUAAGAAUUAUAAGACUAAGAAAAUUAAAUAGAAAAUAGCGAUCAAGAGAUUAAACCAAUGCUUACUACUUAAUUUAAGGAGGAAACAAAGUAGUUAGAAGAGUCUUAAUCAUUUGAGAUAAUUGAUACCACUACUAAUAAGGGUAAUCUUAAUGAGACUGAAUCAAUUUACAUUAUUGAUGACGAAAAUGAUGAAAAUAAAUAAUAAUUGUAGAAUGAAGUAGAAAAUGAAUAAGAGGAACAAAAAAUUGAUGGAGAGAUUUAAAAAAUUGAUUUGGAUAGUCAGAAUAAUUAAUUUGAAGUCCUAUCUUGUCUUGAUCCAGAUGAUGAAUUUUUACAAUCAGGCAGGAGUGUUUCACUUAUAGAAUCGCUGGUUUCAAAAGCAUCAGAUUCUUUUAGUGUAAUAAGCUCGCAUUCAUCAGCGUAUUCUUUGAUUGGAAAAUCCAAGAUUCACUCAUUGGUAAUGAGUAUAUAUUCAGAAUAAACCUCAAUGGCUGUAGAAUAGAUGAGACACUCAAAAGUUCAAGAUAGAGCAGAUUAAACUCUAGAUUUAAUAUCAAAUAUUUCAAGUAUCUCUGGUUAGAACUCAGCCAUAAGCCUUAUGAAUCAAUCAAGAUUCUCUGCUAUUGAAAACGAAAGAGAUACUUAUGCAGAGGAUAUAGUUAUGUAAAAAAUUAUUUACUAUGUCUCCUUGUUCUCUGAUGAUGUUAAAAGCAGAUUAAAUGAAAUGCGCUCUAAAGACACUUUAGGCCAUCUAUAAAUAUAGUAAGAUCCUAAUGAUGGAUUUGACAAUUAGUUCAUGUAUAUUGAUCUAGACGAUAUUUCAUAGGAGCUUUUACACUUGAUUUUAGAUACUUUAGAGCAUUAUGAGCUAUUCAGAUUAUGCCUUAUUAUUUGUAACAGAUACCAACUUAAAGAUAAAGUAGCAAGAUAUUUGAUAUCAAUUGGCAAUAAAUACUCAAAUCUUAAAAACUUUAAACAAAACUUCUUCACAAAACUUAAGAAAAAUAACGACGUAAAGGCUUAAUAAAUAUACUCAGUUAUUGCUCAUGAGGCUAUUCAUAAUGUUCUAUAAUUAGUGGAAAAGGAUUUCUUGAAAUUAGAUGAGCAAGGCAAGGAUACUAUUAAUAUCAAGGAUAAUUGCUUUGAUAAUCUUUUUAUCUAAGGAUUUUGGAGAAAACUUGUGUUCCUAAUGGAUACAGAAUCUUCACUUUAAUUAUGUAAAUCAAUGGGAGAUAGAGAAUCAUUCAAGCUAUUGUAUCUUAUUUAUAGAUGUAGCAUUAAAGACCCCAUUUUAAUAAGAAGUGCAUUAUCAGGUUCCUCAUAUGAAUUUGAAUAGUAUAUAAAGCAAGAUGUUAAUUAAUAGACCCAAAUAUUAGCAGGUGAGGUUCUUGUAUAAGAUGAAAUAGAAACGUUCAGAGAGAUAUUUAGUAAUUAUUGCAAUAAAAAAACAGUUUACUAAGAUAAUUCUGAAUAAACUUCAAUGAAUAACUAUCUUUCAAGAUAAAGAUAAUUAAUUUCGAUCAAGAGUUAGGAUGAUGUUAGAAUAAAGAAAGGAAAUUAUUUGUAUAUUAAAAGAAUAGUUGCAUUAUUAUACUCUCUGGCUCAACAAUUCUAAUAAGGCUAACAUCAGAAUUUAUCUUUCUUUUUAUACUCAAUCAAUAAAAAGAGCAUGAGUGAGAUUAUGCUCCUAAUUAUAAGGACUCUAAAGAUCUUGAUUUAUAAUAAACCUUUUAUCGAGCUUGAAAAUAAGAAAAAUCAUUACAAAAAGCAGGAUUCUUUAUACAAAAUAUCUGAGGAGAUAAAAAGAGUAAUACUGUUGCCUUAUAAAGUAUAUUUAUUGGAUGGGCUAGAAAUUUUUGAAAAAUUAAGUGAUCAGUAUUGUAUAGUUCAUUCUAGUUCCUCUAUCCUAAAAUAAAUUUAAGACAAACAUUCUGAUACUUUUGAUUUCUUCAAAAAUGGAGCCUACUUUGAAAUUUAUAAAAAGUUGAGAGAAUAAUAUUAAUAAAUCCAUCUUAUUAAUUCAAUGAAGCAGGCUAUAGAAAAAAUAGAGAAAAGCUUCGAUAAUAAUACAGAUCUGAAAAAACUAAAUUUACCUUUUCCUUGCGACCUCAAUGGAUUUGAAUAUUUUUUGGUACCAAAAUAGUGGGUUUUUGAUAUAGUUUUUGUAAAUUCAGUUUGCUUUGUAAAGUUCUUAUUGAAAAAUAGUGAAACUUAACAAUUUACCUAGUAAGAAAAAAUAAAAAGAGUCAGUAUCAUGAAAAGAUUGUAGAAAUUAGCUAAAUCAAAUCUUAAUAAUAUUUAAUCUGGAUAUUUAGAGCGAUAAAAUGUAGUAAACCGAAUAUAACUAUUAGUAAUUCCAAUUUGUAGGCAAUUCUUUAAAGUCAUACACGAUGAUAAAAUUCCAGGACUGAUAGAGUAGACUAUAAGUCAAAUUCAAACCAUGAUUGAAGAGGUGAAUGAUAGCAUUCUAGAGAGGAAUAAAGCUAUCAUUUCAAAGUAUCAAUAUAUAACAAGAUUACCUCACAAUAUCAUUAUUAAGACUAAAAAUUUAAAAGAAAAAUCUGAUCCAGAAGAAACAUUCAAUAAAAACUAGAUUAUAUCUUUCGCGUUCUAAUCACUUAGAGAGGCCUUUGGAGGAGUGAACAAAAAGGAUAAAUUUUACACAAAGGCAUUGAAUGCUUUCAAAAUGUUUGCAUUAGCUGAUGAAUACAUAUUAAUGAUGGAGUAUCUGAGAGGCAGAAAGAAGAGAGCAUUAAGGUCUGAAAAAAAUAUAAUAGCCAAAAAUAACAUCUUAAAUGGAAUCAAGCAUGUUUAUGAUUUAUUAGACGCUCAUGUUUACAUCAAGAAUAACUUAUGGGUGCAAGGAGUAAAUUACAUCUAUUCAUUCCUCAAUAGCUGCUUCGAUCAUUUGAAAUUUACUCAGAUUAUUUACCUAAUUGAGGGAGGCUUCUACAGAUCUCUAUUCAGCUAUUACAUAUUCAGAAAUAAAAUGAAGGAUGGAGUUCUUAUACCAGAUUACGCUAUGCAUCAUAUUGAACCAGAAUCAAAUUAUCAAUGCUAACCGCUAAACUAGACUAAGUCUUUAUUUGAGAUUCUAAACAUUGAAUACUUUGAGAUAAAAAUUGAAAAAGCAAACGAUAUUAAAAUGAUUAAUGAGGCAUUGUAUUGGUGCGAAAUAUUACUCAAAGUUCUUAAUCAGGACAUAGAGUAAUUGCUUUAUGAGAGUAUUUAUCAUAGAGUGUAUAAUAUUAUGAUUUCACUAAUGGUCAACAUAACAUCCAAGGAAUUGCAAUAAGAGUAGAAGUUGCAAGAAUACAUUAUUGAUAUCGCCAGUGGUUUACUCAAUAGCAGCAUUGAUAAAAGAUUUCCUGAAUGCAGAGCAAUGCUUCAAUACAAAAGAAUUCACGAGUAUCUAGAAAAUUAAGUGCAUACAACUUCAGACAAGAGAUUGUUUACCUUGCUGAAAUUCAAGCAAGAAAAAAAUAUUAAAAUUAAAGAGCAUGGGGGUUUUGUCAGGCUUACUAAGGGGAUGGAGUACGAUAAAGAAAUUUAGACUUAGCUAAACAAAUAAAUGGAUAAAGCUUACUAUGUAGAGAUGAGUAUCAUGGCAAAGCACUAUGCAGCUGCAAACUACAUUUGCAGAAUUUACAGAGAAAUAAAAUAGAAGAGGACACUGAAUAAAUAGUUAGAAGGUGAAAAAUAAGAGAGUGAAGUGAAGAAAGUGUUUACAAAUCAAUAUAGUUAGUACCUUCAGGUGGUAGAUAAAUUCUCAAAAGGCCUUCGCAGAGUUUACAUAGAUGAAGUAAAGGAAAAUAUUGUGGCUACACUAGAUAGCUUUGGCUCCUUAAAAAGAUAGCUGAUUCAACUAAGUGUCUCUAAGAUUGUACACAACUCUUUAGAUUUACACUACCUUAAGAAACAAAUUGACCUUUUGCAUAAUAGGUAGCUAGAAUUAACUAGAGCCAUGAAGCUGGCUUUCACAUCUCAUAAUAAUGUUGAGAUUAUGAUGAAAGUCAGUAAUUUGUGUGUUGGCUUUAAAGAAUUUAUUGCUGUUGAAACAAAAAGUAUUGCUGAUUGGGUAACAUAGAAAGCAGAGCCAAACAUAAUUGAGCUUGAGAAGAAACAGCUCAACAUAAGAAAUAAAUGGGAGACUUUGGUUUAGUUCUAGAAAAGAAAGAGGACUCUACUCAAGCAUUUAACAAGAAAAAAUAAGCUUUGA